CUAAAACGCAGGAAUGAUCAAAUUCCUGACCAAGAACAUGCCAACGCUAUGGCGGAUAUAAACAAAUUUUCAACAGUCGUUAGAAUGAAAAAUUGAUACCCAAUACAACGGUUGACAAGAUGGAGUCUGAUGAAGAGGCGUUUAUUGAGGCUGAAAUACAGAAAGGACUUGACAAAUUAACGGAAGCAGACUUAGAGUCUUCAGAUAUCAGUGCCUCAGAUGUGUUGAACAGUGAUAAUAGUUCAUCAGAAGAUGUAAAUGAGGUCCUCCCUGGAGAAUUUGACAACUAUGUAAAAUCUCUGCAGCAACAGACAGCAGCCUUUGAACUUGACCUUGCAGAAUGUGAUGACCUUCUCAGACAGUCAGUUGAUAUUACUAGUUCUAGAGACGUCAUUCCUUAUGAUGAAGAUCUUCAGCAAAAUAUUACAGAAAAUGGUGAAAACACAGAGGAUUUAAGAUUAAAGAUUUUAGAAGACCUUGAAAAGGAUGAUAGUGAUGAAGAUGAUGACCUGUUCUCAGAUUCUGAGGACGAUAACAAGAUUACAGAAGAAAAAGAAGAAAAUAAAGCUAUGGUAUUGGUAACUAGGGAACAGUUAGAGUUUAAGGAAAUAUUGGCCGGACAGAAAGAUAGAAUACAAGAGCAGUCUAAAAAACAAGAAGAUCAACUUAAUCAGUUGAUUGAGAAAGAAAGACAUGAUGAAGAAAUAUAUGAACAAGAAAUUGAAACAAAGAAGCAAGAACAAAAACUUCAGUUUGAGAGAGAAGAAUCUAGACUUCUUACCGAAAGAAAGAGAAGACAAGAAGAAGAAGAAAAACAACAAAAGAUAAUAGAACAACAAUUAGAAGAAGAAAUGAAGACACAACAGAAAAAGAUUGAAGAACUUGAAGAAAUAUCCAAGAGAGAGAAAGAGGAAUGGGAAAAAAGAGUAAAAGAAGAACAAACCAAACAAAAGGAAAAAAAGGAAAUGGCUGCUGUUAAAAUACAAUCUGUUUAUAAAGGAUACUGCACUAGAAAGCAACAUAAAACAGAAAUUGACAAAAGAUGGAAGGAGGCUCAAGGAAAGAGAAGAAAAGAAAGAUAUAAAGAAAUAGAAAAAGAACAGAAAAAAAUUGAGGAAGAUGAAGAGAGACAAAAGAUACAAGAUGAAGAAAAGAGGGUUAAAGAAGAAAAAAGAAAGGAGGAGGAAAGAAUGAAGAAAGAAGAGGAGGAAAAAAGAAAGCAAGAGGAAGCAGAUUGGAAACAAAGAGAGAAAGAAGAAAAAAAUAAAAAGGAAGAGGAAAAAAGGAUAAAGGCUGAAGAGGAGAAACUUAGGAAGGAAGAAGAAAAAAGGAGAAAAGAGGAAGAGAAGAAAAGAAAGGAAGAAGAAAAAAGACAAAAGCAGGAAGAAGAGAGACAGCGUAAAGAAGAGGAAAAACAAAAGAAAAAAGAAGAGGAAGAAAGGAAAAAAAGGGAGGAGGUGGAAAGAAAGCAAAAAGAAGAGGAAGAAAAGGUUAGAAAACAAGAGGAGGAGAAACAGAAAAAGUUGGAGAGAGAAAAACAAGAAAAGGAGGAAAAGAAAAAAUUAAAAGAAGACCAACAGAAGGAAGAAAUGGAAAGGAUAAGACAGGAAGAACUUAAGAAACAAGAAGUAGAAAGACAAGAAGCUGAACUGAAAAAACAAGAAGAAAAAUUAAAAGAAUUUUUAAAUGAAGAGUCAGAUGAUAGGAGUGAUAACACGAUUAUAAAAAGUACUGAUUUUAAAACAAAUGGCUGUAUUAGUCAUCGUGACAAAAAUUCUCCCAGAAAAUCUGUACGGAGGGUUAAAGAUGGAUUGGUUAGAGAUUCUACGUCUGCUAGUCUUAAUGGUGAUACUGAUGAAAGAUUAAAGAAUGGUUUAUCAUCCAUGAUGGAAGGAUUACCAAGUCAUCUGGAAAGUAAAAGACUUGGAUGGAUCAAAUCAUGUACUCCAUGGAGUAAAGUCAGCAAUGAACCUUGGAAGCUGAAAGCCUCUACCAGUAAACGUCCACCUAGACGGCCAUCUUCUGCUAAGAAAUUACAAAUGUUGGAAGAAAGCAUAAUAACAACAGCGGCCAAAGUAGCAUCCCUCAGACAGGUAACAACAGUUGAAUUAAAAGAUUUGCCAGGAAGUAAUAUGUCUACUUUUGGUCAGUGUACUGGUCUGCAGUAUCUAAAGAUGGUCAACUGUAACUUAAUUGCAGUUGAAGGACUCCAGAAUUGUAAACAGUUACAAUACUUAGAUUUAAAGAAUAACAAGAUAGAAUAUAUAGACCUAAAGUCCUUGGGCAGUAUAAAGUUUAUAGACCUGAGUAAUAAUUCACUGAGUGGAAUACAUGGAAUGGAUGGGUGUACUGAUGUACGAUGGCUGGACUUGUCAGACAAUAAAAUUACUAGACUUGGUGGGUUACAUGGUUUACGCAGACUUCAUACAUUGAAACUUGGCAGAAACCAGCUGAUCAAUACAUCAGGAUUGGGAGACACGCCCACAAUACAGUAUCUAGACCUAUCCCAUAAUCAUCUACAGGAAGUUCAAGAUAUAAACAAAUUGUGUCUUCUGCAACAUUUAAAUUUAUCUGCAAACAAUCUUCUCCAGAUUCCAGAUUUACAGAACCAUGUAUUGUUACAAGAUUUAAUAUUGGAAGAUAACAAUAUAACUUCACUUGAUGAUUUGACUCAGUCCUGGUUACCUUUGGUGCAAAAACUUAAUAUUAGUCAAAAUAGUUUGGAAGAUAUAGUCAGCUUAGAGAACCUAUUAUUACUGCGAGAUUUUAAUCUAAGUAAUAACCAGGUUUUAGAUAUAGAUGUGUUCCAGUCUUCAUUACAAAGCUAUAUAUAUAUAGAAAUGUUACACUUAUGUGGUAAUCCAGCAGUAGAAAGUCUAGAAGAUACAGAUAGUUUUAGAAAGAAACUGACUAAAGAUUUGACAAGAUUACACCAACUAGAUGAUGCCACGCUAGAAUCAACACAGUUCGGUUCACCUAUAAAACCAAGGAAUGGCUUUGAAGCCAUGUGUCUACACCAAGUUCAAAUGAUGAAAGAUGUACAUCAUAGAUUCCAGCAAGAAUUAAAAUUCCAUUUAGAUUCAUCAAAUCUGUCAGAACUAUGUGAAAUUUAUUUUAAAUUCUGUGAUAAAACUCAUAAGAUGGCCGAAGACAAUAGAUAUGCUCAUGAGUAUGGUGAAAUAUCAAUAGCACAACCGACAGCACCAUCAACUCCAAAAUCUGGAAGGCCACGAUCAGCAAGAGCAAAUAAAGUGAUACAAGACUCUUAUAUGAGCCCUAAGGAUAUGUUUGAAAAAGCUCUUCAUGAUGGAGGUUGUAAAAGUGGUGGUUCAAAUGGUCUAGUCAGGGGAGAUAAUGUGGCUGUGGUAAAACCAGUGAUCACUGCCAAAGUUGUUCAAAAUAUUCUUGAGGAUGAUACUACUAGUCAAAAGAAAUUACACAGAAGACAUGAAGCAGCAGUAAAGAUACAGUCAGCAUGGAGAGGAUAUUCAGUACGGAGAUGGUAUGAACAGGUUGUACAGGAUCAAAGCUUUGAUAUGGCUGUCUUAUUGGAACUUCAUAAUGCCGCCAUUAAAAUCCAGGCCACAUGGAGGGGUUACAGUGUAAGAUGUAGAUUAGAAAGAGCUUUAGAUUUUGCCAAACUUGAAGAUGAUGAUGAGUUUGGUGAAAUUGAUAUGAAUGAUCUUAAUUUUAAUGAGGACAUAUUAGAUGAUUGGAGACCACCAUCAACACCACAGAUUCCAAACAGACAUGCAGUGUUGGGAAAACCUCCUUCUGGGAAGAAAACCACACCACCAAAAAUUCCAGCUCUGCCACUGGGAGAUAACCCACAUCCUCCUCAGCAACCAAGGAGAGCAUGGAGAGGAAUGGAUUCACCUCUGUCUGAUAUUCAAGGACAGCAAAAUUAUCCCAGGCCUCCAUCAUCCCUUAUUAGUGGUACAGAUACACAUAGAACAGUACAGUCUAGGAAAGAAGAGAAGAUAUCAGAAGAGUGGGGAUUCAAAAACAAUGAAACUGCACAUUUAAUGAUGCAAAGAGCAAAGAAAAUGAAAUACAAUGCAGAAAGGAGAAAGAAACUUAGUAAACUAGAUCCAAAACAACGAUUGGUCUUGUUCAGAAAACUAGAAGAAGUCUCUCAUUAUCCACAUGUUCAGGCACCAAGCAGGAAAAUUCUUCCAAGAAAAGAAUAUUUUCAAGAGCGACAGAAAGAAAUAGAUAAUGCAGAUAGAGAGAAGAGAAUAGAGAAAAGUGAGAAAGUGUCACGAACAUUUGAAUGGUUACAUACACAGGUGGGAGACUAUGAUGUCAGUGAUUCUCCCAUCAACACAAAUAAUCAAGGGAAAAGGACAAGGCAGAGAUUUGGAAGUGAUGGAAACCUACCUAAACUGGAUUCUGAUUUAAUGUCAGGGAAAGCUGUCAGACUUGUUAGUAGUCCAGUAGACCUAAUGUCAGUUGAUAGUGUUAGUAUACAGGGAGAAUUCAGUAAACCAAGGAGAUUUUCUGCCAGUUCUAGUGAUUCACAAACCAGGUUGCCACCAAUAAAAGGAGGCUCUGCACCAACAGGACAGAAAAGAAAGGAAAAAAUGUCAUGGAGGAAUCCACAGAACAAAAAUAAUGACAUUGGAUGGGGAGGGGGUCAUAAACGAGUGGUACAUUGAGUCUGACUCAAUUAAGCAGGGUAAAACUUUAGGAUGUAGUGAUACAGACCUUGACCAACUGUUCAAUGAGAAUGUGAGAUCUGGAAUACAUCCAAUUGAAAAAGGAGACCAAAAUCUUUGCGAAAUAAAGUUUCAGUCAAUUGAUUAAUUACAUAAAUAGAAGAUGCCUUUUUCAUUCAAUAAAAUAAUGAUGAAUCGAUAUAUAUAUAAUGAUAAUGAAAUGAGAUUCUAAUAUCUUUUACUUGUCAAUAAUAAUAUAUUUGAAAAAGACAUAAUUAUAAUUUUAUUCUAUUUGUAUUAUGCACAGCUUUAUUUUGUGGAGUGUUAUUACAACAAUUGGGUAGAAAUUUUUGCCAGUUUAUGUUCAAGAAAAGUAAGUGUUACCUAAGGAACAACAUUUUGAGAAUUUUCACAAUUUUCUGUUAAGGAGUAUUGCUCAGUUAUUCAUUGAUGGAGGCACACUACAAUUUACUGACAGUCUUUCAGAGAAUUUGAUAUAUAUAUCCUUAUAAUUUGGUGCUGUUUUAGAAUGUUCAUAAUUUUAUUUAUCUUUAAUGAUGAAUUAGAGGUUAGAUCUGGGUGAUUGACAGAAGAAAUGUUGUCUAUAGCUUGAUAUUGAACUAGACAAAUUAGUAUUGUAUUAUUUGCAUUCUAACCAUUUUGUGAAUAUUAAAUCCUAAGCUCAUGAUUUGAUAAUACAUGUACCACAUUGUGAAAAGGUUAAAAAAAACUCUAUAUAGAGGUCUACAAGUGAUAUGUUUUAUUAUUUAAAGACAGAAUUUUAUAUUAUCUAUAAUUGUUUCUAUGUUUCAACAAAUUUCCUGUUUUAAUCACUUUUUAGAAUCUACAAUUAAAAAAAAUGAUAAAUGUUUACCCAUCCUAAGUUG